AUGGCGAAUUUUCUGUUCCGCGGGUUGGCGGUUAACCUUUAUGAGUUACCCAGGAAACGAUGGAUUAGCUACUUUGGAGCGGAGCCAAUGAGUUCCAUUUCAGUUAUGGAGAACGAGGACAUUAUUAUGAUAUAUGAUUGUCAACAAGUAUUUGUAGCUCUGGCCAAAGAAACUGUGACUACAUUUGCUUCAUUUAGUAAUACUGGUGAUGCGGCAAACAUUAGCAGAAGUACCCCGGUGCAUGUAGCUACUUCGCUUGAUACGAAUAGGAAGUAUGGCAAGAUUAUAAAAGCAGAGUUCAUUUCUAUUGCGCCACAUCUCAUAGUCGUAUAUUAUGAAAAUGCGUGCGAGAUACACACGGCCGAAAUGGAUAGACAAAUCAUCUUUAAACAAGAAUUUAAGAGCAAGAUCCGGCAUGCAUGUUUCGGGUGGGAUUUAUGCCCAGAAAGAUAUCAAGGUAUGGGAUGUCCUUAA